AUCGAUUUUCACAACAACCGGAUGUCAGCUGUGUAAUCGAAAAACUUAAUUUGUAUCGACCUUGCAGGAAAACGACAAUCAGCCAUUAAUUGUUAGCGCUGUGAACCUAAAAACUUGCAGUUUACUUUGACUCAGUCAAAUUUAAACUUAUAAAGUAAAUUCUAGAAGGAUUUCGAACACUAUAUAAGAACUGUGAGCAGUCGGUGUACAGUGUAUCCCACUGUAUUGUUUGUGAGCGUCCCUAAUUAAGGGUUGUGCUUCCUAGGCCAUAAAGGCCGUUAUUUCUUCUUUCAAGUGUUGUGACCACGCCCAAAAAUAGGCCUCUCGGACACGGCUGUUAUGGACAUGGUGAUCACAAAUUUACAACAGCAACGUCAAGUGACUGAGCAGUUGCGCCGUGAGGCCGCGCUCAAAAGAAUCACCGUCAGUAAAGCUGUCGAAGAUAUCAUGAAGUACAUAACGGAGCACGAACAGGAAGACUGCCUACUCGUUGGCUUCUCAUCGCAGAAGUCAAAUCCUUUCCGGGAGAAGAGUUCCUGUAGCAUUCUCUAAGGUCAUCAUGCAUCUCUACGUCAAGAAAAUAAUUUAACGAUGUUCUAUUAUCUAUAUUUCUCAUUCAAACUGUUCCUAUCGUAUUUGUAUACAACAGAGAUUUUGCAGAAUGGCGUUUUCUUAUGACUCCUAAAGUUUUUCCAAUUUUCUGUAUUUAUAUUUAUACUUGUAUAAGUUUGUCAUCAUUGACUGACCAAAUGUAAGGACAGAGUUCCUCUUUUUUAAAAUAUGCCAUUGCUAACAUCAAGAAUCUCUGCCAUUGAUAUUUAAUAACUAUGGCCUAUGACAUUGAAUUUAAUAGAAUUGGAUCUGAACGAUACAUAUUACUUUACAGCUUCAUGUAAAAUGUAAAAGCACUAAUUGAAAAUCCAUUUAUCGUGCAGAUAUUAGCCUAGCAGUUUCUAUAAUUCAUUAUGCAGGACUUUGAUCACUUGUAAUACAAUGAUUGUUUGAUAAAUGUUGUAAAGUCUAGUGUUCUACAAAAUUCUGGUUUUGUCGUUUAACAAAGUUCACUUUUUAAUUAGUCGAUACUGCUACUCCAUUGUUUUUGAUUACACAUAACAUUAUUGAAAAACAUGUUGAUAUGAAAGUGACUAUAUGUAAUGUGUAACAGGAAUCAUGUCACAAGUGACACAAUUCAUUGGUAUAGAAAAAAUUUAAACUAUCUUCAUCAAUGCCAAAAUAGCAGUAUAUCUUAAACUACUCUAUAUUUUUAUAGAACAUAUACAAGACCACAUUUAAUUACUAUUUACACAUCUUGUAAGUAAAACUCAUCUAAUACAAAGCAAGUUAAAGCAAGUGAACAACUUAAAUCUGCUACAAGCACUGCUUUUGCACGAUUAUGUCCAUCAGUCAUAUCACUUUCAGAAAAAACACAAGCAGCUUUGAAAUCUGACGAAACCAGUGCAAAGCUGAUGCAUCCGCGUUUACAAACCCAUUAGUUUUCUGUGCGAUGUAUUCUGAUUCUAUUGUGUAAUUAUCUAUGAAGGACAAUUAACAUAAUUUUAUAUCAUGAUUGUGUCACAGAUGAUCAGACUAUUUUCAAUUUUUUUUUACAAUAGUAUAAAAGAGAUAUCAUUGAAGCACACUGCAUAUUUUAUACCUAUUUCUGUAUAGAUGAUUUACAAUAUAAAAAUUACAUGUUUAAGACAAUAUGUACAAUAUGUAUGGUUCUAAUUUGUGCCAAUAAAUUUGUGCGUAAAAAGA